GUGCAUCACGGCAGUGCUUGGCUGGAUAAACCGCGAAGUUAUUUGCCUUCUGAGCAGAGUAUGAUGUUCACGUCUGAGGUAUAAUACACCAGCGUGUGACAGCCAAAGAUGCGCCUUAAAGCAAUAAUUUUCACUCAAAUUCAAUAUGGGAGCCAUAAAGUCACAAAAGCUUGUUGCGUGUCGGAAAUGCACCAUAUUUCAAGGUACGCGAUCUGAGCUCGCUCAUCAUCAGAAGGUACAUCACUACAUCGCAAGGAAGCCAAAACCAAAAUCCCCCAGCAUAAGUCCGAGGCUUGAUAGGUUCUUUGAUGAUCAAUUUCAUAGUCUCUUUAUAAAAUCGCCAACGAUAAGCAACUCCAUUACCAAAGGCCUCGACUUACCAGCCGCUGCCAGAGAUGCGGCUCCACUCCAAGAGUCUCCUCUCUCGGCUUUAGCGCAGGUGUACAGUCAAGUGCCAGCGGAGUGUGGCGAGCAGCUUGAUCCCACUCCACAAGAAGACUACAUAUCUUGCUUUGUCGAUUUGGAACCGAAAGAGAGCGCUCCGUGGCCCUCCAGCGAUGGCGAACGCCUAUUCAGCCCAGUGCCGAGCCUCAUUCCUGAUAUCGAGACCUAUUCGGAGCAGCAGCUCGUACCGUUUACAGGCUUACCCCCGACCUCACGGUCAGAUCCUCGACCGGAGACCAUUAGCCAGAAUAUUUCUUCCAUCAACAACCCAGCAGGUAAUCGGCAUCUAAUGGUCGAAUUUGAGCCCGAUUCGGUUUUGGAACAGACCAUACCGGAGACACAUCAUCCAACUGUGGACCAUGCCGAGACUUUACCAAAGUUUCUCUCUUCGGUGGAGCCUCAGCUGAGAGAUUUGCGUCAUGCACCGCAUACAAUAGCCUCUGAUGCGCACACAGACCACUGCCAUGAACACAAAAACGAAAUUGAGGUCUUGCGCGAUGAGAUAGGUUUUCUUCGAGAGCUCAUCAUGCAGAACAUGAGGUCAGUGGACGCAAGGAUGGAGCAGCACAAUCAUGAGCUCGCCCAGACCGCCGUGCAUCAUGACAGAUAUUAUGGAGCCAUUCUCAGUGGUCUAGAAAGCUUUGAUGCGCAUGUUAUAAACUGUAUCAAGUUUCAUGAGAAAGCUGUGCCUAUCCAGAGAGUGGAAGCCAUCGAGGGGCAUUGUGCACAAAUGAACUCGGAUUGCGUCGAACGUUAUGAAAAGGCAGCAACAGUCCAGAGCUUAAACGCCCUCGAGGAGCGAUGCAAUCAGAGGAUGUCCAACCUGCAGCGGGAGUACCAAGAGUACUCGCAGUCCGUUAAGCACACCCUCGAGACUGGCAUUGCUGAAUUAGAGAACGGAGUUAAAACUUCUGGAUUCUUGGAUAGCGCGGAACGGACAUCAUUGCGAAGCAAGUGUCAAGAAUUAUCUGAGAAGCUGAGAUGCUUGGAUGCAAAGUACACGGCGCUCGAGACGGAUGUUCAAUCUGCUCGGGCCACAUUGGAAGGUAGAUUGAGCGAAUUUGAGGCUCAAAUCGAGACCCUGCAAUCAAGCGUCGCACGUGUGCGGGCUUCUCAGGUGGAGAGUCAAAACGAAGUCCGCACCAUACAGAAAUCGCAGUCGCGGCUCGUCGAAUCGGCUUCGCUGAAAAUGGAAUCAGUCGACGCAGAGCUUGCUCGGCGCAACCGAGACGGGGAAAAUAUCACAAAAUUGGCGGGAUCUAUGCGGGUGGCUGCGUGUAGGCUCAAAAUGGUGGAGGAUUUCCUCAAUCGUCAAUUUCCUUCUUCCUUCAAUGUACCUAUGCUUGCGAAAACUGCCGAGAGGUAAAGAAAAGUUGGUUCUAGCUCUAAUCGCCAAUCUCUCUAUCUAGCUUUAACAAUUUAACAUUGUCAUCACUCUGA